AUGAACACUGUGGUAAUUCUCCUCCUCCUUCUGCCAGCUUUCUGCGACGCCAUUGAGGUGAACUGCUCCCAGCCGGACCAGCCCAGCCUCCUGGCGGCUCUGUCUCCUGCCUUCGACCUGAACGCCAUACGACCCGUCGAGAACCAGCUGACCUACACCAACAUCAGCGUCUACUUCACUCUCUACGGGAUAUUAGGAGUGGAUGAAAAGUCCCAACUCCUCAUCACUUACAUUUGGCUGAACUAUUGGUGGAAGAACGAGUACAUCAGUUGGGAUGCAGUCCAGUGUGGCACCGACAAGAUUUCUCUUCCCAAGGAAAAGUUUUGGCUUCCGGAUAUUGUAAUCAAUGAAUUCAUGGAGGAGAACAAAGCACCAUCAGUCCCAUAUCUUUACCUGUUUAAUGAUGGUAAAAUUAAGGAUGCGUUUCCUGUCAGAGUUGUGAGCUCCUGCAACCUGAAUAUCUACACUUUCCCCUUCGACAUACAGAACUGCUCCCUGACUUUCAACUCCUACAUCUACUACGCGACUGAGAUCAGAGUUUUUCUCGACCGUGAAGCAGAUAUGAUCACAGAGUUCUCCAAAGAGGUGAUGACCACCAGGGGUGAAUGGGAGCUGAUGGACAUCACCGCAAAGAAACUAGUGAAUGAUGAUGAGUCGGGUCUAUAUGUAGACAUGCUUGCAUUUUAUAUCCGAGUGCGGCGCCGUGCCACCAUGUACGUGGUGAAUCUGCUGCUGCCCAGCUGCUUCCUCAUCACAGUGGACCUCUUCAGCUUCCUGCUGCCUCCUGAGAGCACAGACAGGUCCUCCUUCAAGAUGACCCUCAUCCUGGGCUACACCGUCUUCCUGCUCAUCAUGAACGACCUGCUGCCAGUCACUGGAAACACCAUACCUCUGAUAAAUGUCUUCUUCUCUCUCUGCCUGGCUCUGAUGGUGGCCAGUCUGCUGGAGACCAUCCUCGUCACCAACCUGCUGAGCAACUCGCCUGACUUCUCUCCCGUCCCUCGAUGGAUUCGGAUUCUCGUUCUGAAUUUUCUCGGCUGUCUCGUUUGCAUGCCGAGAAAAACGGAAAAGCCAAAAAAUUCUGAAAAGAGGAAGAUGUCGGUGGUUGCAAAAAUGAAAUCCGAUGAAGGUCCUCCAGUAACAGGAGGAUCAGCUGAGGAAGACGAGGCCGUGACGGAGCUGAAGAGCCUGAGCCGCGUCCUGCAGGCCAUCCGCUGUGAGGUGGAGCAGCAGCAGGAAGGGCAGCAGAGCUCUGAGGAAUGGAACCAGGUGGGUUUCAUCAUUGACCGCCUGCUGUUUGGCCUCUACAUCGUCUUCAUAUCAGUCAGCUUCAUCACCAUCAUUAUUGUCUGGAUUAACUCAUACAACCAGUAGACCGCUGCAUGUUGGAGACCUGCAUUUAUUCAGAAAGUGCUUGCAGAAUUUUUACCACAAUAUUGUAAUUCUUUUAGAGAAUUUUAA